AUGGGUGCCCUAAUAAGAAAUCUGUGUAUACAAGUGAUUGUUCAGGCAAGGCUAGGUGAAAAGGUCAACACAAGGUCAGGGAGUACACCAUCUAGAUCUGACUGGUUCAACUUGUCAGUAGUUGAUAAAGCAGGAGUACAAGUCGAAGCAAGAAAACAGUUAAAUAAACAUCUUCCAGAGAUUGACAAGCCAUUAUGCAUAGAAAUAUCACUCAAGACAGCCGAGGGAGAUUCAAUGAUCCUUGAAACAUGGAAGAUAGUAAUGACAGAAAAGAGUGACCCUGGAGUUCGAAUCCACUACAAGGUUUACAAUAGAAUGUCGCUGCUGUUGAAGUCGUUGAUAUGCCUUACACGUACAACCCCUGCAUAUCGGGUGUCUCGUCAUCAGAGUCCAGAAGAUUACAAGAUAUUCUAUAGAAUAUAUUUUGGAGAAAAUAACACAUCUUUACUUGGUGAAGCCAGUGGGCUGAAGUUCUGCAAUAUGAUGCAUGUUCCCAGAUAUAAACUUGAAUGCCCUAUAAAUCCUGGGUAUUCAAACUUUUUAAGCUGGUGGACUGUUCCAGUCAGCAGCGGGCUGACAUGUGUACUUCCAAUCUUGAUAUCGUUACAACGGAGUAAUUCUAAUCCCAUGAAAGUAUCAGAUGAUCACUAUGGAAGUCCAAAAAGUACAACAGAAUGUCAACCUUGCACAUCCAAUAAAAACAGGUCUGGAGAAGGAACCAUGCAUACAGAUUCCUAUUCAGAUUACAUUACAGUCUUUUCUACCUCACCUCCGGACAAAGCUAUGUACGACAGGUAUGACAUAUCUCAAACGCCUGUAACUCAUCAAUUUGCAAUAGCUGGCCAAUCAGAAACCCAUGAGAAUGCGUUUGAAGGUCAAAGAAAUCAUAGUUUUAGUAGCUUGAGUGGAGAUCACAAGCUUGGAGCAUUCGCAAGCAUGAACCAAUCUCCUCAACUUAGUGAUAACCAAGUGGAUAUACCAUUUGUAUCCUUGUUAUCCGAUACCUGUCCCACAGGAUCACCCAAACAUAAAAGUGUUGUUGUCAAUACACAGAAGGAUAUGGUUGACGGUCCUUCAUCAACAUCUACUCUUCAAAAGUCUUCAGAAAGUCAACAUUCCGACGUUGAAGAUUUUGUGAUGGUAGAUUUGAAACUUGCUUUUGCUCAGUCCGAUCCUUGCAAUGAUUUUAGUAGUUUUUAUCGAGAUUUGCAAUAUGCUCCCAAUUUAGAAAUGUUCCACAAUUCCCCAAGCCUAUCUCAAACACUGGGGGAAGUUCCAGAUCAAUUAGCAAAAUAUGAAGCAAAUGCAAGUGACAUAGAUGAAUUUGUAGAAACGCUGUUACGAACAAAAGAGGAAAAUGAUCUUUAG